AUGGAUGAAGGGUUAGCAGAUAAGCAUGAAGACCAUAAUGGAGAAAGUCAAGACAAGUGGACUGAGGAUGUGGACCCUGAUGGAGAAGAUCCAGGCCAGCAGGAUACAAGAGAACCGUCUGAUAUCGUUGUUGUUGGGACACACGACCAGAACAAUGAAGAACCUUCAAAGCCUAAAGAAGAGAACAGAGAGACCUUCAGCACGUCCAUGAUGGAGGACACCAGCAAGCACAACAUGGACCUUGUCCAAGAGCUCCUGGAAGAGGAGGACAAGGUGAGCCAGCACAACAUGCUGCUGCAGGCCAAGCUGGCCUUUUACUUCAGCAAGAACACCCCCGAGCAAGAAGACCCCCAGGUGUGCACGCAGGACUACGACAGGUGCGUUAACCUCCUGGAGGACUGGGGGAGACAGCAUGCCGCCCAGCUGGUUAGCGCACAGCAACAGGAGGUUGAGCUGAGGCUGCACUGUCAAGAGGAGCAGGACAAGGUGGAGGACGAGUGGCGAGCGUUGUUGGCGCUUAAGAAGAAGCUGGCGGUGCCGUUGCUGAGUCGACGUUUGGGCCAAGAGGCGGCGCAGGCCAGAGUGGAAGCCACUCUGGAGUCUGAGCGUCUCGUUCGUGAGGAACUGAGGAGCCUCCGUGUGAAGCACGGCAGCCUGAAGAGCGCCGUGCGGCGUCUGGAGGCGGAGCUCCGUGACGAAGAGGACGAGCAGGCCGGGGAUCAUCUCCAGCUCCGGUUUGAGCAGCUGCUGGCCGACAAGAUGCAACAGAGAAAAGUCUUUGAGCAGAGGAGCCAAGAAGCCUUCAAGCUCCACAAGAAGAUGAAGCGGACCCUAGAGUUGCUGUCCAGCGCCAAGGAGAAGUUGCACCGGAGUCGCACGGAGGUCCUGAGCAAGCGCGAGCAGCUGGCCCAGCUGGACGCCACCAUGGCCGCCAAGAGGGACCUGCUGGCCAGGACCAAACGGGCCUGCAGCCGCCUGCAGAGGCACAACGCGGACCUGAAGCACGAUGCUGGGCUGCUGGGACACAGGAUGCUGCUGCGGGACUUUGGGAUCACCGCCGGCGCCUCAAAGCUGCUGCAAGACAAAGUGGACAAACUCCAAAGUCGACUGGAAGAAAUGCUUUCAACUAAAACAUCAAUAGCAUGA